UAGCCUCCACCAAACGCACACUAGUGCUGUUUUGCCCCCCUCCCCUCCCCUCCCCGCCCCCGCCCCCGCCCCCGCCCCCAGCCUGGUGUAGAUCAUGCCGCCAGUAGCGGCCCUGACUGCCGAGGAAACGGUAGCUUAGGAUAGUUGGCUGUUAAGUGACACUGAUUCUCCCCGCCCCGCCUGACCCCCGAGAAGGAGGCUCGUCCCCCGCUGCGUGAGGGGGUGGGGAAGUGGGUAGUGAAUUCGGAUCUACCUGGGAGGGGGGAGUGGAAGUUCCCGCCCCGGAGAGCGGCGAGGCGGCAGCCACAGUUGAUUAUGGAAGAUUCCCACAAGAGUACCACGUCAGAGACAGCACCUCAACCUGGUUCAGCAGUUCAGGGAGCCCACAUCUCUCAUAUUGCUCAACAGGUAUCGUCUUUAUCAGAAAGUGAGGAGUCCCAGGACUCAUCCGACAGCAUAGGCUCCUCACAGAAAGCCCACGGGAUCCUAGCACGGCGCCCAUCUUACAGAAAAAUUUUGAAAGACUUAUCUUCUGAAGAUACACGGGGCAGAAAAGGAGACGGAGAAAAUUCUGGAGUUUCUGCUGUCACUUCUAUGUCUGUUCCAACUCCCAUCUAUCAGACUAGCAGUGGACAGUACAUUGCCAUUGCCCCAAAUGGAGCCUUACAGUUGGCAAGUCCAGGCACAGAUGGACUACAGGGACUUCAGACAUUAACCAUGACAAAUUCAGGCAGUACUCAGCAAGGUACACCUAUUCUUCAGUAUGCGCAGACCUCUGAUGGACAGCAGAUACUUGUGCCCAGCAAUCAGGUGAUCGUACAGACUGCAUCAGGAGAUAUGCAAACAUAUCAGAUCCGAACUACACCUUCAGCUACUUCUCUGCCACAAACUGUGGUGAUGACAUCUCCUGUGACUCUUACCUCUCAGACAACUAAGACAGAUGACCCCCAAUUGAAAAGAGAAAUAAGGUUAAUGAAAAACAGAGAAGCUGCUCGAGAAUGUCGCAGAAAGAAGAAAGAAUAUGUGAAAUGCCUGGAAAACCGAGUUGCAGUCCUGGAAAAUCAAAAUAAAACUCUAAUAGAAGAGUUAAAAACUUUGAAGGAUCUUUAUUCCAAUAAAAGUGUUUGAUUCCUAAGAAAGAAAAUAUUUUUGUGGACUUGCAUACAAAUUAAAUGGAUUUCUUAGUGGAGUUUUAUAAAUUAAAAGGUCAAAACUGAAGCUUUUUAUUUAGGCUUUUCCAACUCAAGGAUAAAUAUCUUACGCACGAUAUCUAGUGACAGAGGAGAGAGUGGAAAAUGACCUCAAGGAAGCUAUGGGCACAACUGGAAGCUUUGUAGAAAUUAAACAUAUUCAAGGAGCAAGAAAUGAACUUUCAGCAGUCUAAAUUUUCUAAAUAACCAAUAGUCGCCAAUCUAAAAUGGCAGAGAAGAUGAAAUUUGAUAAACUGAAUUUUUAAAAAAAUCAAUUUACCCUACAGGUUUGCAUUUCUCUUUGCUGAAAUUUACCUUUUUUUAGUUAUAUAUGUGUGUGUGUGUGUGUGUGUGUGUGUGUGUGUGUGUGUGUGUAUUUCUUCCAAUACUAACUUACAAAGCUAAGAGAAAACCUAGUACAUACUGAAUCUAUAAAGUAUGUGUUCUGAUUAUGUAUAUACUUGUUCUAGUGUCAAGUCUUUUUAAGUGGGUUUUUAAAAGUUUGUUUAUUGGACUUGAAUGGAUUUUUGAGACUGGGUUAAUUAUUUCUGAGGUCUUAUCCUAAAAGGCAUCUAAGGUACAUGAAUGGAGUAUGGUGAUUUUAUAACAUUUUUUAUCAGAAUGGAAAAAGAACUGUUUAAAAGUUUGAUACUUUUAAAUAGUUGGCUUUUUUGCUUACUCUGGUAAUGAUUUUCUACAAAUACAUAAUAGUUUUUUUGAUUCUAUAUUCUGUAUGCAGUUGAAUAUGCAUUACUUAUUCUGCUGUGCUUUAAUAGAAUGGAAUGUUUACAGGCCCUUAAAAUAUUAUUUUUUAAAAACCUAAAGAUGCAUACCAAAGUUUUUCUAAGAAGAUUUUAUAAUCAAUUUAAUAAUGUAAGGUUUAUCAGAUUCUAUAAUAGUAUAGUUAUUGAGGCAAUUUUAUGUUAGAGACUAUUUUGUAAUGUAGUGAAUGGUACCUUUAUAAGAAAAGCGACUGCCAAUAUAUUUUUAUAGCUGAUCUUUAUAAAUUCUGAUGUUGAGUUUUUAAUGAUUAUUUUAAAUGUUUAUAUAGUUUAGUAAAAUUUGCAUCUCAAAGUAUCAUUUUUAUAUUAUGGGACGUUUCCAGAUUGGCUAAUAUUUGCAUUGUAAAUUUUGUAUGCAGUUUAUCUAAAAUUCAAAAAUACUGUCAGUACACCAGUGUUUAACAUCUGUAUUCCAAUUUGUAUACAGUUUAAAAUUGUACUGCAGAACUAUUGUGUGCUUCUUACACAGUAUGUAUCAUAUUGUUGUCUGUGAAAUUAAAGGACAUUUGAUAGUCCACCGAAUGUCAAAUA